AAGAAAAACACACAGAAGACUGAACGCUCUAAAGCAAUUUCAUUAGCUCUAGUUUUUAGAUCCAUCGGUCGUAACAAAUGGUUCUUUUGCAAAUUCUCGCAAGAAGAUCUUCACGUCCGCGAAACAAGCACAGAUUAUCUCCAUUAUCAUCUCUGAUCUCACGCUCCUUCUCUCAGCUCACUUCCUCGCAGUCGGGACGUUCUUCUUUUGGCAUUGCCUUCGAUAUUGACGGCGUCGUUUUGCUCGGCCAUGCUCCCGUUGGCGGCUCUACUCGCGCCCUAAAACGACUAUACGAUGAAUCUGGUACUUUGAAGGUGCCUUACAUUUUCUUGACAAAUGGAGGUGGUUUUCCUGAAUCCAAAAGAGCCUUGGAGUUAAGUCAACUCCUGGGUCUAAAUAUUUAUCCUUCCCAGGUUGUGCAGGGGCAUUCACCUUUCAGGAAGCUGGUAAACAAAUUUGAGAAUGACCUCAUUAUUGCAGUAGGAAAAGGGGAACCCGCUGUGGUGAUGUCUGAAUAUGGGUUUAGAAAUGUCGUUUCAAUAGACGAGUAUACAUCCUACUUUGACAACAUCGACCCAUUGGUACAAUACAAGAUGUGGUCUACCAGGCAGGAAUCUGAGUUAGGUCAUAGCUUGGAGAAGACGAGUUCAAGAGACAACAUUUGCUCACAGAGAGUGCAGGCGGCUUUUGUUGUCAGUGAUUCUGUUGAUUGGAGCAGAGAUAUUCAGGUCCUUUGUGAUAUUCUAAGGACUGGAGGUCUUCCUGGGAGAGAAAUGGGAACCCAGCCUCAUUUAUACUUCGCAAAUGAUGAUCUUGAAUACCAGGCUACUUUUCCAACAGAACGUCUUGGUAUGGGAGCUUUCAGAAUUGCAUUAGAAUCCAUCUACAAUAGGAUUCAUCGUAAUCCGCUAGAGUAUACAUCUUUUGGGAAGCCAAAUCCAUUUGUAUUCAAGAAUGCUGAAGAUGUUCUAAAGCAACUGGUGUCAUCCCUUCAUGGCAAUCUUCAUGUUGUCGAUGAUUCAAACUCCGGAAGUCACCAUUUCAACACGUUAUAUAUGGUUGGAGACAAUCCCAAGGUUGAUGUAAGAGGUGCACGGCAGGCAGGGGACCCCUGGUUUUCAAUUUUGACUGGGACUGGCGUUUUCAAGGGAAGGGAUAAUCAUGAUGAGUUUCCGGCAGAUCUGGUUGUUGACACUGUUGAAGAAGCAGUGGACUAUAUUCUGAGAAAAGAGUGUGCUUAAAUAAAAAUCGAUAGGCAUUUUUUCGGCGAUCCACUGCUUUUACUUGUUUAUUUGUAAAAAACAUGCUAAUCGUUUAUUCAUGAUUUGAGUUUUUCUAUAUAUGAGAAUAUGAUUAACUACUUGGAUGAGCCUCGAACGAUUUUCGCUUGCUAGUCGGGAUCAAUUUUCAUGGGAUUUAGAAGUAAAAGCAGAAAGAACAUGUCAUAUAUGAUACUUUGGAAAUUUCCUCCGAGCUCUCAAGAAUUGCCUGCGUUCCUGUAUGAUCUCGAAAGGAAAUUGGUUUGCCAUUAUCGGCAAGUGACCUUGGUUAUAGACUUUUAUUAACAUUAAUAUAUUUAAGAUGGAAUAAACUCAAGACUAGUGGGUGGAUUCUGAGCAGACAACAUUGGUACUUUUUGGCUGUGAUGAUUUUGCAGCUCUCAUGUAUCUAUUGCCCUCUUCCAUACAGAACAAGUGGUAAUCCCAGCAUGAUAGUAGAAGCAGCACUAACAAUUGCUGAGUAUUAAAUGUUGAGUAAUCAAAAAGGUUACCCAUCAAAA